AUUUUCAACAAGAGAGGAGUCCACUGAUUAUAAAAUACUCCUUGUUCACCGUUCUCUUAAACCUUUUCAUCUGCUCUUGAGUUAUCACCACUAAUUACAAUUACGAGUGUUACAGCAUCAUCUCUGCUUCAAAUUUUUUCUUUCACAAGAAAACUUUCAGGGAUGGGGAAUUCCUUUCUCCUUGAGUUCAAAGUGUCUGAUCGUUUCUACAUAUGCCGUAUCUGCCAAACCCACGUCGCUCUCUGCCAAGAUUUCAGCCUCAAUUACUCGCCAGUGACGGGGGUGAAUGGAGGUGUAUUUGAUAAAGUGGUGAAUUUGCAUGUAAACGAAGCAGAGAAGCAGAGGCAACUUGGUCCUCACACGAUAGCAGAUGUCUACUGUAACAAAUGCAACAAUCUGCUGGGAUGGAAAUUUAUUGAAGUAUUUGAAGAGGAUCCAGUCGCAAGAAAAGAGAUGGUUAUGUUGCAAAUGGGGAAGCUGCAGGAAAGGAAUGGAAACCAAAUAGAAGAAGCAGUGGAACCUAAAGCAACGAGGAGCAUCAGUAAUUGAAGAAAUAUAAAACCACCAUAGAAGAUUCUUGCAAGGAUCUCUCUCGAAGAAAUCAAUUAACUUCUAAAAGAGAAAAUUCGGAUGGUCUUUACUUUGUAAUUUCCAUACGUUUCAUAAGCUUUUUCUAAAAGUGAAAAUUCGGAGUUUCCUCUAUGUACCCUGAUAUGGCACUGCGACGUUCCACACCUGAACAAAAGAAGGGAUUCCUACACUAGUUUCAUUUUUACUAAAAGGGGGUUAUACACCAGUUCUAAACUACUGAUACACAAUUCGGCGAUGUUUUAUGUUGAAACUGGUGAUAGUAUUGUUAUCAGGCUGCAAGAUUGUAGCCUCUGAGUACGAAUUUAGUGCUGUUUAGCAUCAGUUAUUGUAUGAAGUUGCAACUUUGAUUGAACAACACUAAGGGAUUCAUCCACUAGUUUCUUUUUGUUAAAAGGGAUUUAUACACCAGUU